AUGUUAACUCAUUUAUAUAGAGAUUGGAGUAUUGAAGGAAUAAAUGAAAGAAAAGUUUGUUAUGAUCCAAUUCUUCAUAGAUUAAAAGAAAUAUAUUUAGAUAAUCGAAAUAAUAUUAAAAUACUUGUUCCUGGAGCAGGAUUAGGAAGAUUAGCAUAUGAAAUUGCAUCAUUAGGAUUUCAAUGUGAAGGAAAUGAAUUUACAUAUUAUAUGUUAUUAACAAGUGAAUUUCUUUUAAAUGGAAUAGAAAAAAUAGGUCAAUUUAAAAUAUUUCCAUGGAUAAUGGAAACAAGUAAUUUACUUUCAUUUAAUGAUCAAAUAAAUGUAGCUACAAUACCUGAUAUUAUUCCAAACUUAGGAAAUCAUCAAAUGUCAAUGGUAGCAGGUGAUUUUGUUGAAAUAUAUUCAAAACAAAAAGAAUCUUUUGAUUGUAUUGUAACAUGUUUUUUUAUUGAUACUGCACAUAAUAUUAUUGAUUAUUUAAAAAUUAUUUAUUCAUGUCUUAAAUUACAUGGAAGAUGGAUUAAUGAAGGACCAUUAUUAUAUCAUUAUAAAGAUAGUGAUUCUCUUUCAAUAGAAUUAAAUUGGGAAGAAAUUAAAUCUAUUAUCUCAUCAUUAGGAUUUAUUAUUAUUUCAGAACGUCUUAUUCCAUGUACUUAUUGUUAUUCUGAACAUUCAUUAUUAAAAAGUAAAUAUACAGCAAUAUGGUUAGAGGCAAUUAAAAAUUAA